AAUCCUAAGGCACGGAAUCCGGCUAGGGAGGAGGAGCGAUUUAAUAAGAAUAUUUUAACGGAUAUAGAGAAAGAGAUAGAGAAAAAGAAGGUAGAGGAGGAGGAGAUAGAGGAGAAGAAGGAGAAGAAGGAGGAGAAGAAGAAGGAGAAGAAGAAGGAGAAGGAGGCCUUACUAACCCACGGCUUUUAG